AAAGUUGCAUUUUUAUGGUCUCCCUUGUUUGGCUUUGCUUGCUGCUCUGUGCAGGAGUGGAAGUGGAGCUGCUGCUGCAUCUGCGUUUGCUCUACUCGCCGUCGACUUCGAGGCUCAAGCCCCGUAAGGCCUCUCCCUUUCCUCCCCAAAGUUGCGGCCUUUAGCUGCUUCUCCUCUCUUCUCCAGUCUGUCCGUCGCCGCGCCGACGAAGUCGAAGCUGGGUCGAAGGAAGCGCUCCGUUGUUACUUUAAGAGCUACGGUGAUGCUUACUUGAGUUCCUGCUGUUGUUUGGAGGCGGAAAGGCGCCAGCUUUCCUCUUCUGUCUCGCUUCUCUACUGCUGAGAGAGACAAAAAAGGGGCGCGGGAGGGAGCGGAAAUGGCAGGCGGCGUGCGGACCAGUAUCAGCUUGGAGACGACCUGCGGCGCUUUGCUCCAAGAACUCGAGCAAAUAUGGACCGAGAUCGGCGAGAGCGAAGAGGAGAAAGAUCAGAUGCUGCUGGAGUUGGAAAAAGAGUGCAUGAAAGUGUACCAGAAGAAGGUCGAGGAAGCCAGGACCGCACGGGCACGACUCCAUCAAUCUCUGGUUGCCAAAGAAGCAGAGCUUGCUUCGCUCACGGCCUCACUUGGCGAGCAAAUUGUGCAUCUGAAGAUAGGGAAUUCAACAUCGCUAAAGGAAAAACUUGGCCUACUUACUCCACUUCUAGAAGAUCUCACUGCAAAGAAAGAGGAUAGGAUUAAACAGUUUUCUGAUUUACUGUCUCAGAUCGAGAAGCUCAAUGCAGAGAUUGUAGGGUUUAGUCGCUGCUGUGAUGCUGCGGGUGACACUUUCAAGAUUGAAGAACAUAAUUUGUCAACAAGGAAGCUCGCUGAGUAUCAAGCAAAGCUACGGAAUCUCCAGAAGGAGAAGUCUGAUAGGCUUCACAAAGUGAUGGAGCAAGUAAACGAGGUGCAUUCUUUAUGCGGCGUGCUUGGAAUGGACUUCAGGACGAUAGUUGAACAAGUGCAUCCAAGUCUUUACGAGAUUUGUGUAGAGCGGUCCACUAAUAUUAGUGACACGACGAUAAAGGGUCUCUCAGAAGCUAUUCUUAAACUUAAAGCUGAAAAGAAGAUGAGAACUCAAAAGUUGCAAGAUGCUGCUAAAACACUUUCGGAACUGUGGAAUCUUAUGAAUUCAUCUGAAGAAGAUCGAAAGCCAUUUGAAGUGGUAAUGAACAUGCUUGGACUUCCUGAAGUCGAUGUUACGUGUUCGGGUGUGCUCUCAAUGGAAACAAUCAAGCAGAUAGAAACCGAGAUUGAUAGGCUUACACGACUAAAAGUUGGUAGAAUGAAAGAACUUGUUUUGAAGAAGAGGUCGGAACUAGAAGAGAUAUGCAUAAACACGCACAUCGAACCAGAUGUGAGCACGACACCUGAGAAAGUCUGUGCACUGCUAGCUUCUUGCCUUGUUGAUCCUUCAGAACUCCUGGCGAACAUCGAGGCACAAAUUACAAAAGUUAAAGAAGAAUCUACGAUCCGGAAAGAAAUCAUCGACAGAGUAAAUAAAUGGCUCUUGGCUUGUGAAGAAGAAGACUGGCUUGAAGAAUACGACAAGGACGCCAACAAGUACAGUGUCGGUCGAGGUGCUCAUCUGAAUCUAAAACGUGCAGAGAAGGCGAGAGUCACUGCCAGCAAAAUUCCAGCUAUCGUCAAUGGUCUAACAAACAAAGUAUUUGCUUGGGAGGAUGAGAGAAAUUCAGCUUUCCUGUAUGAUGGGGUGCGCCUAGUGUCGCUUCUCGAAGAAUACAAACUUAAAAGACAACUAAAGGAAGAGGAAAAACGACGAGACAGGGAGCACAAAAAGUUGCAAAAUCUACUUCUCACCGAAAAGGAAGCAGUUUACGGAUCCAAACCGACUCCGAAACGCAGCAAUAGUUUGAGAAAGAACGGAAAUGGCAAUGGCUUCAUGACUCCUUCACCCCGGCGGAAUUCUGUUGGCAGUGCAACUCCUGAGGUACUCACACCGCGCUCACACUCGGGGCGCUACAAUAGCUACUUCAAGGAGACACGGAGACUAUCUGCUGCUGUUCCACUGAAUUUUGUCGCCAUCUCUAAAGAAGAUGCGGUACCUUCGUUUGCAUCAGUUGCAGGUUCAGUUGCUGGGUCUCCGCCGCGUAACUAACUCUAGGUUUGCUGAUCAACAAACAUUAGAGUCAUGCAUUAGUAGCGCGAUACUUGUUGGUGAAUUGACCAUCUAUGGGCGAUUAACUUCUGAUCCUAUCUUUUCUUGUAGGAAGAAAUCAGCUUGGUCUUUGCGUUGCGACAGUGAUUGGAUUAGAGCUAAUGAGUUCGAUUGUAUUUCGUUACGGUAGAAUUUUUUUGUUGAUGGUUGAGAUUUAGCGGGGGUUGUAAAACUUACUGGUUAGAAUGUGGAUAUAGGAACUAACUUUGGAGUAUUCACUAAUCCUUACGGUUGUAGAUGGUCGUUCCGAAUA